CUUGCCGUCUCGCUUCGAUCGUGCGUGUUUCAUCUCGGGCUCGUUUCGUGCAAUCAAAAUACGGCGCCUUGUUUAAUUAUCGUGACUGUGUGGUGACUCGUGAUCGCUAAAAUCCCCAAAUCGCGCAAAUACAACCGAGUGAACCGAGUUUAAUCAUCCGUGGCGCCCGUAUUUGGCCGAAAAAUUAGCGGCCGCCGCGGUCAAUCAGUGUUUUAGGAUAACCUCGUGGGAACCCAGUGGGCGGGGGGUCGAAAGGGAAGGAGUGUAAUCAACCCAUCUCGCGCCUCGAGUUGCGAAGUUUACUUUUGUUUGUGGAACAAUUUGCAGUUUUCCUAUUGUUUUUUGCUGGGCUGCAGUGCAGGUGCAGGUCGCAGUGCGGAGUGCAGCAGCAGGUGCAAACGGAACACCGAUUCUGUAUCGAAAGCGGAUCAAGAAGUAACGUCACGUUUUGGCCAUCGAUCGGAACACAACCAUCACAUUCGUCGAGUGCGUACUACUGGCAGUCUGCUGUACUACUGAGUGGUAGUGCUUCUAGCGGAAGUGUCCCGGCAAUAGAGUGUUUCUGGAGCUCACAAAUUGGCUAAGCUCUAGCGAGCGAGAAUUGGAUUGAAACAAAUUGUGGAGACAAUUUGUGGCUCAUCAAUCCACUGUUAGCCUAGCUACCAUCAUCCACGAACGAGCGCUUUUUGUGCUAAGCCAGGGAGGUGCGCAAAGCAACGAAAUUGAAAGCGAACAUUUAAACCAAGCAAGAAGAAAAGCGCAGGAAAUUCCACUGCAAAGAGGAGAAAAACAAACAGCGACUCACGAGCACGCUACACGCUGCGGCUGUUAGUGUCCGCGUCAGCUAAAUCUUCGGUACAUUGGUGUGAAGCGCAUCGCAUCGCCGUGAACCACGCCGCGCAUAUCCAUCGCGAUAUUCGACGCCGACACCAACCGUGAUAUACCAACCCACCCCAAAAGUUGUGUUUGUGUGAACAGCAGGCUCGCAAACAGCAUCGGGUGCUGGUGUUCGUUUCGUACCGGUGCUAGUGAGGCAACUAAUUGAUUGAAUCGGCGACAGCUCCCUUGUUAGUUCCCGACUUGCAGCAGCCGCAAACACUACUCGUAUUCGUGCGUCGAUCAUCGGCUGGAGAAAGCAGCAGCUAGUGAGGAUGAAACUGCUUGAAAAUCGUUCUACGGAUUCUUACUAAUUGCGCCUGGUCGCUAGUAAGAACGGGUGUCUGAAUUUGAGAGUUUUGAUAAUACGAAUCAGGCCUACAGUUCUAGACCCCCGCAGUGAAUUAGUGUGUUGCUGGUGUCACCGAGAGCUGCACAUCGAUCGACGUAACGCCCUUGUUACUGUACAGCAGCUACCAGCCCAUCGGUGCGUUCCUAUACAUCACCGAUCGGUGCUUGAGCAGCAUAAGCGCCGUUCUGAAGUAAUCUCAAGUGCAACAGCGAAAGCGGAAGGAGCGGUAACGUAAAGGCUCGCGUAGCACUACGCACUAGUGUUCCCGAGGACCUCCUUCUCACCCGGAUACCGCCGGCCAGCCGGUUUACACCACUCUCCCCCCGGUACGAUCCCUGGCGAUCGUGCGGUAGUGCUCUAAAAACGCUGGGGCAACACAGGCGGUUCCCAUGCUAAACUACCGCCUCGUGUCCACGCACUUCCUAAAGCAACCAUAGAUUCACGCAGCAGCACGGCAGUCCCCUGGCAAGGUCGUAAAAAUGUGCAGAGAUCGGGAUAUGCCACUUCGAUGAAUUGUACGACGAUUGAACUGUCCAACUCAGUACUGUGUCGCCGUUAGCAAAAGAAAGGCGUGUCCACACGGCAAAGGCGCGGCAAAGUGCGAUUUUUCCAUUUUCUUUAGUUUGUAACCGAAGAGAGCAUAGUGAAAUUGAGCGCCCUAGUGUACGUGUACGUGUGCGUAUGUGUGUGUGUACGAAAGAGAAAGAGAGCAAGCUACCACCACUGCACGACGACCACUAAAACCACUACUACAGCACCGCUACUACACACAGCAACAACAACAACUACUACUACUGCUAUACGAUCAUCAUACACUGCGGCCCGAGGAUACGGGCACGCUACUCUCUGCGCGAUCACCACAUCAGCCGGAGCGUACGUCCGUCCGUCCGAGUGUUUGUGUCGGGCGUGCAAGCUUAAAGAGAGGAGGCGCCUGGUAGCUGCUGCGUUGAAUCCUUCGAGCGCAGUGUGAUUCUGUGGCUACCGCCUGACAGACAGAUCCGUGCACGCGACGCGUCAAGCAAUCCAUCGGUCUGACACAUUGAUAUCAGCAUCAGCAACAGCAGCAUCAGCAACAGCAGCAGCAGCAGCAGAAGUGGGACGCGUGCCUUGGCUGUGAUUUCAUCAUACCCCUCAGCCAAAGCGAUCGGAAGCCAAGUGCGGCAUGCGUCGCCCAUCACUGGGACAGAAUGAAGACGACCUUAGUCGUCUGACAACGAUCCUCUCACCGACCAGCAUCAGCCUCUCGUCGAACGGUCAAUCGGACCCGGUGGU